AUGCCAUUCGAGAUCGAAGAGUCCGUGUUUUACGGUGAAUCUGUGCAAAUGACUUGCCACGUCAGUAAAGGAGAUCGUCCGCUUGAAAUAACAUGGACAUUCGAGGGCCAAGAUCUGUCCACUCAUGCUGGUAUCAAGACAAUGAGGAUGGCGGAGCAAACGUCCUUCCUAUCGAUAGACUCAGUUACUGGAACUCACAGUGGCAAUUAUACUUGCAUUGCAAAAAAUAAAGCAGGAGAAGACAGAUUUUCUACUCCUCUCCACGUUAACGUCGUUCCCCACAUCAAACCAUUCGAGUUGGACGAGGCGGUAUUCGCGGGGGAACCAGUUCAUCUUGAUUGUCAUGUAUCCAAAGGCGACAUACCAUUGAACAUAAUAUGGACAUUCCAAGGCAAACCUGUAUCGCAUGGAAUGGGCUUGAAGACAAUGACGCUCAGUGACCGAGUUUCCGUAUUAGAUAUCCCCAGCGCCCUGGACAGUCACAGCGGCAACUACACUUUUCCACCAUUGAUAGUGCCAUUCAGUUUUGGGGAAGUGCCGUCUAAUCCAGGCGACACCGCGGUAGUAAACUGUGUUGCUACUAAAGGAGAUCUACCAUUAGAAAUUUCGUGGACAUUUAGCAGCGAGACGAUAGACUCGAGUCUGCAUCGCGGCAUCACUACGACACCGCUAAGUCCACGAGCUUCUGUCCUUACAAUCAACUCGGUGACUGCCAACCACCAAGGAAACUACACUUGUAUCGUGCAAAACGCCGCUGGCCGCGCUGAGUACGCGGCGACCCUCGUCGUAAAUGUUCCCCCACGUUGGAUUCUUGAGCCCACUGAUAAAGCUUUUGCCCAAGGCUCUGAUGCUAAAGUUGAAUGUAAAGCCGAUGGUUUCCCUAAGCCCCAGGUGACAUGGAAGAGGGCUGAAGGGGACACACCUGGCGAUUACAAAGACCUUAAACCCAACAAUCCUAAUGUGAAAGUUGAGGAUGGAACAUUGACCAUUAAUAAUAUUCAAAAGACCAACGAAGGAUACUACCUGUGCGAAGCUGUUAAUGGAAUUGGAUCUGGCCUAUCUGCUGUGAUUAUCAUCAGUGUUCAAGCUCCACCCCAAUUCGAAAUCAAAAUGAGAAAUCAGACUGCCCGCCGCAGCGAACCAGCGGUACUGCAAUGUCAAGCAAAAGGAGAAAAGCCAAUCGGAAUUAUCUGGAACAUGAACAACAAACGCCUCGAGCCCAAAUCCGACCCACGCUACACAAUUCGCGAAGAAAUCUUGCCCGGCGGUGUCGUCUCCGACCUUAGUAUACGGCGGACCGAACGAUCUGACAGCGCUCUUUUCACUUGCGUCGCAACGAACGCUUUCGGAUCUGAUGACACCAGUAUCAACAUGAUCAUCCAAGAGGUACCCGAAGCUCCCUAUGGCUUGAAAGUUCUGGACAAAUCUGGAAGGACUGUCCAACUAUCUUGGGCCGCACCGUACGACGGAAACUCGCCAAUUAAGAAGUUCCUUAUUGAGUACAAACGAGCAAAGGGCAACUGGGAAAAGGAUAUCGAUAGGGUACUCGUGCCAGGCGAUGCCACCGAAGCCGGCGUUUUCAGCCUCCGCCCAGCCACCGCUUACCACAUCAGGAUCGUUGCCGAAAACGAAUUGGGAACCUCUGAACCAUCCGAGACGGUGACCAUCAUCACAGCCGAAGAAGCACCCACUGGCAUGCCGCAAGACGUGAAAGUUGACGCCGUGGACAAACAUACCCUGCGAGUCACCUGGAAACCACCUCAGCCACAGGACUGGAACGGCGAACUUCAAGGAUACUACGUUGGCUACAAAUUGGCAUCCAGCAACAAAUCAUUCGUGUUUGAAACUGUGGACAUCUCUAAAGAAUCUGGCAAAGAACAUCAUCUGGACAUUUUGAACUUAAAGACGUACACGCAAUACGCGAUAGUGGUGCAGGUGUUCAACAAGAUGGGCUCUGGACCAGUUUCGGGUGAAGUACGCGCUUACACCGCAGAGGGCGCACCCUCCGCGCCGCCGCAGGACGUGCUCUGCACCACGCUCACCGCCCAGACUAUUCGCGUCUCCUGGGUUUCACCGCCUCUCGCUGCCGCCAACGGCCUCAUUAAAGGGUACAAGGUCAUAUACGGCCCCAGCGACACCUGGUACGAUGAAAAGUCAAAGGACACCAAGAUCACGGCAAGCAGCGAAACUAUCCUCCACGGACUGAAGAAGUUCACCAAUUACUCGAUGGAAGUUCUCGCAACCACAAAUGGCGGUGACGGCGUACGAUCCGCUCCAAUCCAUUGUCAGACCGAACAAGAUGUUCCUGAAGCUCCUCGCGCCGUAAAAGCCCUCGUUAUGGGACCUGACUCCAUCCUCGUUUCCUGGAGACCACCAGCGCAGCCCAACGGUGUCGUCACCCACUACAACGUCUACACUCAAGCCCAAAAUACCGAACCUCAUCCCAAUAAGGUGCCUGCAUCCCAGACAAGCUACUCCGCGACUGAACUGAAGCCAGGCCGUUACGAUUUCUGGGUGACCGCUUCCACAAUCAUCGGCGAAGGUCAACCCUCAGCUACCGCCUCUUGCAGCCCCAAUGAUAAAGUUCCCGCCAAGAUUGCCUCUUUCGACGAAUCGUUCACCGCUACUUACAAGGAAGACGUUAAACUGCCCUGCCUCGCCGUCGGUGUGCCCUCCCCUAACAUUAUAUGGAAGGUGAAAGGACACCCCCUGGAGGCGUCGGAACGCGUUCGCCAAUUGCCCGAAGGCUCGCUGCAGAUCGCUGGGGUGGCGCGCGAAGAUGCCGGCGAGUACUCCUGCCACGUGGACAACCAGUUCGGCACGGACACCGUCACCCACACGCUCUCCGUCCUCGCCCCACCAUUCCCCCCUCAGCUGAGCAUCGCGUCGUCAUCAGUAUCGUCCUUGACCCUGAGACUGAAGCCAUCGCUUGAAGCGGAACAAUCGCCUGCUGCUGGCUACACCAUACAUUACAAGCAAGAGUUCGGAGAUUGGGAGACCGUGCAGAUUCCUAGCAACACCGAUACGUACACUUUGGAGAACCUGUUCUGCGGAUCCAGAUAUCAGCUUUACGUAACGGCCUACAACGGCAUCGGCACCGGUGAGGCGUCGGACGUGGUGAUCGCGCGCACGCGCGGCUCCAAACCGCCCGUGCCCCGCGCCGCCGACUUCAUCGAAGUGGGCAGCUCCUCCGUGACCCUCCACCUGAAGCAGUGGCUGGACGGCGGUUGCCCCAUGAGCCAUUUCGUCGUCGAGAACAAGAAGAAGGGCGCUGCCGAAUGGAACCAAAUCUCCAAUGCUGUGAAGCCCGGUGGCAACUUCGUUGUACUGGACUUGGAGCCCGCCACUUGGUACGUGCUGAGAAUCACCGCACACAACAACGCUGGAUUUAACGUAGCCGAAUAUGAAUUUGCCACACUUACUAUGACCGGCGGUACGAUCGCGCCCGCGCGCGACGUCCGCGACGGCAACCUCACCACGGAACAGACGAUCAAGCUGAUCCUGUCGCACCUCAAUCUUAUCGGACCACCACCACAAAGGUACACGCGAUUUGCAGGCACCGUCGCCCCGUUGCCAGGCAACGCGGGCGACAAGGAGCUCCCGCCCUGGGUGAAGGCCUGGCUGGAGCCCGAAGUACUGGUGCCAAUCCUGGCGACCAUCGUGGUCUUCAUCGUCGGCGUGGUGGUGAUCUGUCUGACCCUGGCCAGGAGGAACACCCCCCACCGGCUGCGAGGUCAGAAGGACGUGUACUAUGACGCCGUUUACAACGCUUCGCAAGCAGCCCUUGGAGGCGGUGCCGGUACCUUGGACAAGCGCGGCGGACUCCGCGAUGAACUCGGUUACAUCGCGCCACCCAACCGAAAACUGCCCCCUGUUCCCGGCUCCAACUACAACACCUGCGACCGAGUUAAGCGUCAGGCUGUCAUCAUGGGCGCUCACUCCACGUGGGACCCGCGCCGGCAUCACUACGAGCGCGUGCGCAGACCGCGCCUGCGCCGCACUGGCUCCGGCGACACCAUCUCCACAGGCAUGGAAGACGAGAUCUGCCCCUACGCGACGUUCCACCUGCUAGGCUUCCGCGAAGAGAUGGACCCCAGCAAGGCCCUGGCCUUCCCCCACCACCACCCGUCGCACGCUGGAACCUUGGCUCAUCCCCACCCACACCACCCUGCUCACUCUCGCGCUGGAUCCCAGAGCAUGCCCCGUGCUAACAGCCGCUAUGCCCGCAAGAACUCUCAGGGAGGACAGAGCGCCAUCUACUCAACUGCACCCGAAUACGACGACCCAGCUACGUGCGCCGAAGAGGAUCAAUACCGCGCCCGCUACUCCCGCCCGAUGUACGCUUGCGGCCCCGAGUACGACGAGCCAGCCUGCUGCGCCCCCGAGGACGAACAGUACACCGGCGCAUACGGAACCCCCUACUCCGACCACUACGGCUCCCGACCCAGCAUUGGAACGCGCAAAUGCGGCGGAUCCCCCGAGCCUCCCCCGCCGCCACCGCGCAACGCCAACAACGACAACAACUGCUCCUCAUCCUUCAACGAGAGCAAGGAUUCGAAUGAGAUCUCCGAAGCCGAAUGUGACCAACCUCGCAACUAUCCUGUCAGGGCCCACACUACCAAGGACGGCUUGCACAGCGAGGAAAUGAGAAAACUCAUUGACAGACCCGAAGCAAACACCCCAAUCCCCCAGCAAGCAGUCCACGGCCGGGGACUCACAGCCUACGAUACUGUGGCAGUG